AUGUCUGAUGACGAUGGCGAGGCGUUGGUCUUGAGCCAUCUCUAUAAUUCAUCACAAAUUUCACAAUCACUCAAUCCCCCAAAAUUCAGAUACUUCCUUCGCAUAAAACAGCAUAGUACGGAAAAGAGAGUAAAUAGCAGUUCAGCUAGAAGAUCCAACUCAGAAGCCAAAUCGAGAGAGAAGAUUAGAUCGUUACCAUCUCAGUCGCCGGUAGCCGCCGCGACGGCGACGGCAGAAUUCCGCAUCCACCUAUCGCCACCGCCGCCAACUAAAUGCGGUGUCCAGAAUUGCCAAUGGCAGCCGUACUCCAAUUCCGGAGAUUUCAAGGCAAACACGGCCUUAGUCAUCGUCUUCCUCUUCUGCACCCUAAUCUGCGGUUUGGCGAUCAACUUCGCCAUCAAACACAUGUGCAAGCGGCAGCGCCGAAUCCAGUCGCCGGAGACUGUGAGCGCGGAUACGGAGAAGGUGAUCCAGGUUCCGUCUUUGAUUUACUCGGAGGGGAUGCAGCUCGCGGCGGCGGAGGAGUGCGCGAUUUGCUUGUCGGAGUUCGCAAUUGGGGAGAGAAUUAGGAUUCUGGAGAAGUGCAGCCAUGGCUUCCAUGUGCAGUGCAUAGAGAGGUGGCUGAUUUCGUGCUCUUCAUGCCCGAUUUGCCGUGCGUAUUCACGGUAAAAUUGAGCUCGUUGCCGCCAUGAUUUGAACACUCUGAAUGAAUAUUUACUGUUGAGUUUUUUUAGUAAUUAUUAAAGCACUUUAAUGUGAUCGUGAAAUAUUUUUAAA